CAUGUUGGGAGUGGCGGCUGCCUCAACCUGCCAGAUUCACAUAUAUCCACACCAAACCUCGCCAUUUUUACCCCCUCCGCCUCCCUGCCGAGCAAGAUACCGCGAUAUAUAGCAUUUUAAAAAAGCAUUCAGGGGCUUAGCGGCGCCUAAAUGAGGCAUAAUAAGCUAUGUUUGUGUGUGGUGAGUGGUGACCUCUGGCGGCCACUUGGCAAACUAUGAUGCCAUUAUGGCCGAUGUUUGGAAUUGAUCUGUGAAAGGCAGAUUAGGUUCUCGCGAUUUUAACACCUGUUAAUGCGUUAGUGGCCGUAAAUACCAUCACCCAGACUUGGACGUGUCAGCCUAGCUAGGGGUAAGCUCUCCAGUGAUUAAGACGGUGGAACAGUCAUAAUCAACACAACUCUGGUAACACCUGGUAUAUGGAUCCCCACAAGAUGGGAGGUGGCAUGAAUCAACCGCCACCUGCACACAACAUGCCCGGCCCUCCGCAGCAUCCCGCUGCUCAGCACCCUCCAACCAUGGGGCAGACAAUGCCUCCACGACCUAUGCAGACAGGUUACCCCAUGCAGCCUAGACCAGCACACACAGGAGCCCCUGGGUCAAUGGCACCAAAACCCACAGGCACUCCAGGUCAUAUGGCCCCAAAACCACAGACCCCCCCAGGAAAUAUAUCCCCAAAGCCUGUAGUGCCCACCACUACCACGACUACGACAAAUGUCCAGCAGGUCCAGCCAAAGCUGCAGAUGCCAGUACACCCUACAGCACAACUCAAGCCCAAUCCACCAGUUAGCACAACGGCAAACAUGGCACAGAUGCCCAAGCCUACACCUGCUCUUGUACCUGUAACGUCAGCUACUUCUAUCUCUAAAUCUACAACACAAGUGAUGCAGCAGCAGUCACACCUGCAGACACACUUGCAGCAGCAACAGCAGCUGCAGCAGCAUCAGCAGCAGCAGCAUCAGCAGCAGCAACAACAGCAGCAGCAGCAGCAGCAGCAGCAGCAGCAGCAGCAGCAACAACAACAGCAGCAGCAGCAGGCACAACAGCAGCAGCAACAGCAACCACAACAGCAGCAGCCUAAACUAGCUGUACCUGUUCAUCAACAGUUGCAUCAGCAACAACAGCUGCAUCAGCAGCAGCAGCAGCAGCAGCAGCAGCAACAGCAACAACAGCACCAGCAGCAACCACAACAUCAACAAGCACCAAAGCCAGCUGUAUCUCUCCAACAGCCUCAACAUCAACAACCCCCAAAGCCUGCUCUUCCAGUUCAACACCAACAGCAUUCACAGCCUCUGAAGCCUGCUGCACUAUCACAGAAUGCAGCAAUCUCAUCAAAGCCACUUAUGCCAUCCGUUUCUAUAACUCCUAGCUUUCAUAAAUCCCCUCAGAUCUCACAACCCUCUCCAGCCUCUAUACCAUCUGCCAACCAACCUAAACUAGGACAAGCUCAGUCUGCAUCACCCACAAAACCUGUACCAGCUGCUGUACCUAUACCUGCUUCAGUGAUUCCUCUUAGUAUUAAGCCUGCCCAGCCUGCUGGCCCUCCAACUGGCCCUACACAGAGUCCAAAGCCCUACGCAUCGAUCACACCUGUAACCAUAGCCGGUCAGGGUCAACCACCAAGACUCGCCAAUGCCAUGCCACUACCUAUACAGAAACCUCCCCAGCUGCCUCAGCAAGCUAAGCCAAUGCCACCAGCAUCCUCAGCUCUUAAUACUUCCACAAAGCCACCAGCAGCCACUACACCUGCUGCUACACCCACACCUCAUCCCAAACCCUCACUCACUGAGAUACUUUCACAAAAACCUGCUGUCUCAGAAAUUCCUCCACACAAAGCAGUAGAAACCACAAAGCUGUCUGUAGAUACAAUUGCGAAGACUCAAACAAUUCCAAGUGUUAAUGGAGUGCCAGUGUCCAAGUCGCCGGUGAAGCCUAUUAAUCCCCUUCUGCCAUCAAAGCCUACUGAAGCUCCAUCCACUGAAACCAAGCCAUCUUUGCCUCCAGCAGUGUCACUGCCCAAACCUGCCUCUCCAGUUAAUAAGCCAAAAGUUGAAACAUCAGUCCCUCAACCCAAGAAAGAAAUUGUGAAAGAGAGCCCAAGUGCCAAGUCUUCUAUUGAAAAUUCAACAGAUGCAAAGACUGUUAACCAUGCUGACGCAAAAGACGAGGAUAUCCCCGAUACGCCGAAAAAGACACGAACACCCAGACAAAAGCGUGAAAUAUCAGCCGCAGAGACUCCAGGUGAUGAAAGACGCAGUAAGCGACCUCGUAACCCUGCAAACUUGUACCAAUCUCCUGGUUUGGAUUCCUUGAACAGAGUUCGGAAAACAGACUCAUCUACCACAAAAUCACCUCAGGAUAAACUUAUUGUUUUCUUCAGAAAUGAGCACGUGGCCUUGAGAAAUUCGGAAGGCACUUUCUACUUGUGCCAAGUCGCUCAGAACGUCUUUAGAAACACUCGAAAAAUUAAAAUACGAUGGUUAUCCCCCGAGGAACCCGACAACAAGAGCUGCAAUACGUACAAGCCCGAUUAUUAUGAUAUUACAGAUUUUGACUGCAUUCUAACAACUGUAAGUUUGGAACGGAUAGACCGCUAUACGCUACGGUUAAAACCCGAUGAAGAAACCCGAAUCAACAAUAUUUUAAAACGUGCUAUGGACUUAGAGAAGGGGGUUGUGGAAGACAAGCAAAGUGUGGAUCCUAAUCAUCCUGAUGGAUUGGAUCUUUCAUUGUACACAAAUGAAGAUCAGCUUAAGACUAGGAGGAAGAGAAGUUCGACAGGGAAGAGGAAGAAGAAAGAAGAAUCCUCGGGAGAGAGUGGUGUGGAGUCGGAAGAAGAAUCUGAUAAUAGCGAAGAAGCAAGCCCCAAGAAAAUUGCACGAACUCCUGCCAGACGUAAUGCAAGAGCCAGUAGCAAGACUCCAGCCAAGGCCAAAACAUCCUCUCCUCCAGCAAAAGCCAAAAAUCAGGAAAUCCUACACCUGCAGUCAGCAGUAGCCAAGGUCAAGGGUACUCGUGUUUCUACACCAAAGUCAGCACGCAAAGGCACACCCAAAGCUGCUGGUAAGACCUCAGCGAAAACCCCAUUGAAGAGCACUGCAAAAGCUACACCGAAGGCUGCUGUUCCACCAAAGGCGACACCCAAGGCUGCUGUUCCUCCAAAGGCGACACCCAAGGCUGCUGUUCCUCCAAAGGCGACACCCAAGGCUGCUGUUGCACCAAAGGCGACACCCAAGGCUGCUGUUCCACCAAAGGCCACACCCAAAGCUGCUGUUUCUCCCAAAACCACUCCAAAAUUGGGAAGGCGGGCAACUCGCAAAUAGCCCGAGGAAAAUAUGGGGGAGUCCCAGGGAAAUAGCCAACAGCCAAAACCACGGGGAAUGAGGGCACCAAAUGACCUGACCACAUGCAUAAGGCUGAUGCUGUUAGCAAAAUAGGUACUCGUCCAAUUAUCAAAUUAAGGAAAUUGUCAGACUUUUUGAAUUGAAGAAAUUCAUGAAGCUGUAGUGUGCAAGCCUUACUGCAUAUACCAAUGAUGGAGGCAGAAAAAGGCUUUUUGUAAAUGAGCAUUCUUAACUCCCUCCCCUUCCCCUCCCCUUUCCCUUAGCAUCAUUGUGUAAUUGUUAUUGUUUGUAAAUGUUAGUCUGUUUUCCUCCAUCCUCCCCUCUACCCUCCAUUCCUCCCAUUUUACAACAAAAUGGCCAUUCAUUAUUGGAAUGUAUGAAGAAUCAUUUCUUGUGUAUAUGAGUGGUUGAGAGAGAACUCAUGAAUGAUUGUGCGAAUGUUCGUGUACAAAACUGAGAGGGGUAAUUGUAACAGUUUAAAUUAAUUAGAGGAUAGGUUAUGUUCAGAGUACAUAUUAAUGUUUAAUCUAUUGUAUAUGUAUAAUAGUUCUCAAUGUACAACUCAAACUUUUUAUAUCAUUACAAGAGUGGCAUUCUCUCUCCCUUCUCACUUUUUUUUUUCUAACACCUGAGGAAGUCUAUAGGUUGAGGAAAUCUUCAGGUUAUGAUGCCUAGAAUUGAGGAAGUCCUCAGGUACAGAAAGUUUCCAGGUUGAGAUUUGUAGGGUUGAGGAAGUCCUCAAGUUAAGAAGUCUAAGGUUGAUGAAGUCUUUCUAGAGUGGGGAAACCCUCAUGAUUGUGGAAGCCUUGGGGUCUUAUUGGUGUGUUACAGAGACUGUUACUUACUGCUCAACGUAAACUGAACUUUGGGGAAAGUAUCCACAAAUUGUGAGUGAAGUAGAAAGUACUCUGUAAGAAUUGAAGAGUUAUUUAUCAUAAAAGUUUAUGCACCUGUAUGAGAAAGAAGCACUUCACUAUUUUUGUAAAUUGGGUGAUUUACAGAGUUUGAGUUUGUAUACUUUCUUAAUGAAUAUAUAAACUGAUUGGUUUUGCAAUUACUAUUAUUAUUAUUCUUAAUCUUUUAUCAAAUUUUUUCCUUUAUUUUUUGAAGUGGAAAUGCAAUAUCUUGCUACUGUUACUGCACGAUUACUACUUGCACUACAGUAUUGAGCAAUUGGUUUAGGAACUACCAAACUGUAGCAUAGUUAUGCCUCUGCCCUCUACUCAGAAUGAGGAAAUGUGAAAAACCAAGGCACACUGCUCAUUGUGAGUGGUCUCUUGUACAAACUCAAGUGAUGUAGAGGGCAGGGUAAAGUAGGCUGUACAUAAGUAAUGACCCGUAACAUUGAUGUAUUGUCUUGAUUGUAGGUGUGUGACUUAUGAAUGGUGUUUAUGUUACAGACUUUUGAGCUAUAAUUCUUAGAGAACACUUGAGUGAUGACUUUUAACAUUGAGAAAUCCAUCCUGAUAUUCCCCAACAAGUGAAAAUAACAUGCCAACUCAUAAAUUAGCUAUUAAGGUCCAUUGUUUCAGGCAUUGAGGUGCAUUUUCUGCUUGUACAUCUAAAUCUAUCUUGAGAUAAUAGAUGAUAUACCAUUAUAAGUGAUAAUUACAUUCAAGUUGUGUUUUAAGAAUUUAGGUCUUGGAGCAUAUCUGGGCUUUGGUGGAAAUGUGCUAAGAGUGAGUGGGAACACCAAGCCCUAUUUUAUCUUAUAAGCCUGGAUUUUAGGCAUUGAUCUGGUGCAUAUGAGGAUUGUUAAGAGAAUCCUUGUCACGGCACUUAGGCGCUGCUUACCAGUGAACAGGGGGUAAUAUAGGUGGUAUUAUUGACCUGAGCUUAUGAAGGUGAACAAACAAUGAGCACUGUUACAUGUUUUACCUGAGUCAAUUUUAAAGUGUUGGGCUACAAUCACUGAUAAGCUACAACAUGUAAGAGCUCAUUUGUGUUUUCCAUGGGUAUGCGAGAAUUACCAACCCAAGAUGUUAGUGGAAAUGACUCAUUCUUUGAUACAUAGUGUAAAAGGAAACGGCAACAGUACUAUUUAACGUGUUGCUUUUUUAACAUGUUCAGUCACUUUUAUACAAAUCUUGAGGACUUUAGGGUAUUUGUAAAGUUCAGUGUAUACCCCUUCUAGUGCAAACUUAUCGGGACAUUUUGCUGAUAGAUAGUGAAGCAAGUACAAGCACAUUGGUAUUUUUAUUUUGGUUUUAAUUUUUUUUUUUUUAGUUUUUAUUCUGGAGUCAGGAUGAUAUGUUCCCAUCUUUUUAUUAAUCAUUCUAAAAAUGCCUUUCAGAUUUGGGCUAUAAAAUGUAUAUUUUUUCCCACUUGCCAUACCCUGCUUGGACUACUACACUGAGUGAGAGAACAUGCUGAAAAAUUCUUUAUCAUAAGAGUUGUCAGCAGUGAGACUGUGUGAUUGACUGCAGUUAUGUGAGCCAUUUGCAGAGAUCAGUAACUUUAAUUUACAUUUUGGAAAUUCAGUCAUGGGGGUCAGUUUGACAAGGUUUAUUUUUGUAAAAGUUUUUCAUACACAACAGUUAUUAGUUUUGAACUCUUCCAUAUCUUGACCAAUCUCUGUUCACAGGAGACCUUGUGUAUGUAGUGCUAAAAAAUUACCUUUAUUAUUUUGAAUGAACUAAUAUAUAUGUAAAGUUUUGUCUUAAAGGAAUUUAUUACACUGAACCAAGGUUUUUUUUUUUCUGUUGUAUGUAAAAUUUUGAAGAAAACUAUUUUAAGAAUUUUGUGAAAGUGUUAACCUCUCGAAAAAAAAAAAAAUACCCAAGUUGUGUAAAUUAUGCUUUUACAAUAGUUGCUAUUAAAGAUUAUUUUGAGGAAAAGUAUAUAUUUUUUGAAUGGCAAAGAUCCUUUAUGAAAAUGAAUUAAACAUUAGGAGUCUCAUUGGUUACUUCAUGUAACCAAGUACACUACUUUAAGUCUUGAAUGCUAUUUUAAUUUUGGAAAGUUUGCAGAGCAUCAGGUGGGCUGUCAUGUGUAAUUUUGACUUGUUUUUGAACCUGUUUGCUUAUAAAAACUGUAUAUAGCAUUUCAAGCAGUGUAAUUAGUUCAGAAUUUGAGGCCACCUGUGAGCUUAAAAAAAAAAAAAACUAAUUUCUGGGUAAAAAGAAAUGCUGGUGGAUCAGUAACUGUCUGAUAAAAUGUCUAAAUGCUUUAGCAAUAUAGCUUUUACCUUUAUUUUGUUACCUUAAUUUGUUUCUUUUACAAAAAAAAAAAGUCAUUGGGAUUGUUGUGUGAAUGAUGGUAUCAGCAGCAGUUAAGUUUCAACCUUUUGCAACAGACCAUUUCCACCUAAGUAUUUUGCAUACAGUAAGUAGGUCACAUUGUAGCAAUGUGCCAUUGUUUUCAUAAGUAAAUAUCAUUGUAC